AUGCCCAACGAAGACAGUUUAGAGGUUUAUGAUCCAAAGACUCAGACUUGGGACGAGCCAUUAUCGCCCAUCACAGCAAUGAAAAAGAGUGUGGCGACGACUGAUUCUGAGACUCUUGGAAAGGUUUUGUUUCAGAUGAGAGUGAGACUCCAUUGGUGUGAUUUUGAGGAGUCUGCUGGAAUUAAAUUGAAAUGGAAGAAGGUGAAGGGACUUGAAGGACUGUUGUCGAAUCGACCUGCUUUUAUCUCCAUACGGAACCAGGGCAGAGGAACAAGAUCAAAAGCUUGGUGGGUUUCGUACCAGAGACUCGAUGGUGGUAGUUUGAUUCGUAAGUAUGAGAUUUGGUGUGGGGAGUGUUAG